GCAACUUCAAAAAGUUAAUAGAUGGACUAACAUUACAUUACAGUGUGCUAAAACUAACAAGAGCUUGUUAAUAUUUAAUAACCGUUCACCUUUCUCAUUACGGUUACGUUAACAUUAUUUUGAGAACCGGUUUUACCUGUACCUGCACUGCGCCGUUAUAUUUCUGCGCAUGCGCAACCUCACCUGGCGGUUUCCUUGUUAUAAAGAAAGCGAUAGUUGAGCUGUGGAUAACUGUAAAACUAGGUUGCGAGAGGAUCAGCUUAAAAACAUUUUUAGGAACUCGCAUAAAUCACUCGCUAGGGUUUUUUUUUAAACAUGCCUCGCGCAUUCCUGGUGAAAAAAGUGAACAUCGCUGGUGAAAAAAGAAGCUGGAGUGAGAUUCCGGAUUCCGCGCGUGGGGACGUUUACAUACCUGAGUUCAUUUUUCCACCGUAUGUGCAUGAAGUCUCUGAGGGCAGCAUUGCGGAGUACUCCUGCUUCACAACUGCACAAAAAAACAACACAUUUCUACAGGUCCGGUCACAUGUCUUGUCUGCACAGCUGCCAUCUUCUGCUGCACAGAGUCAACCUGAUCACAAACCGGAAUGCCGCCUGAGGACCCAAAGAGUGCCUUACUUGCGCUCAAAGAUAAAGAUAACUACUGGUAAUAUGCCGCCUGUUUUACCAGUCAUCCCUGAUAAUGCAAACAAAUUAGCAGAUAUACCAUCCGCUGCAUCAUUGUUAUCCUGCCAGGUGUGCCAGAAGACAUUCACUACAGCACGUAUGCUGAAACGUCACGUAAAGUGCCACAGCGACACAAAAAAGUACUCAUGUGAGCACUGUGGAAAAGGAUUUAACGACGCUUUUGAUUUGAAGAGGCAUGUACGCACUCAUACUGGUGUGAGACCGUAUAAGUGCACUUUGUGUGUUAAAGCCUUCACUCAGCGCUGUUCUUUAGAAUCUCACCUGAAGAAGAUCCACGCCGUAACUCAACAGUACGCCUACAAAGAGCGAAGGGACAAAUUGUAUGUGUGUGAGGAGUGUGGCUUGACUGCACAGACACGGGACGGUCUGCAGAAACAUCUCCAAGAUGAACAUCCACAGAGACUGAUAAAGACAAAAAGCAAAUAUAAACUGGGAUAUACUGUGGAAGAUAACAUGUCACCAUGUUCACCUGAAACCCAUCAAAUAUAGUGCCGAAGAAAAAAUUAGAGAACCUUGUUGUUAAUAGAUGAUAAUCGUUUUGUUCCACUCUACAUGCACUUUUGUACAGUCAGUAAUUGUAGGCAGUACCAAAUAGCUUAAUUAUUGCAAUUAGGAAAAUAAUUUGGAUGCUGAAUCACAAGUUAUGCUGAAACAGUGAAGUGUCUUAAGUCAUAGUACACACAAAAAUAAAAUUCUGGUAUGAUUUUGUUUGUUUUUGUUUUGAACAUAUUCUCUUGUAAAGUUGAAGUGUAAAUUAUGCAAAUAUUACCAAUGCAUAAUAAUUUGCAUAAUAUUAUUGAAGUAUGCAAAUAAUGUACUA